AUGGCGGAAUCCUCUUCGGAACCUCCUCCGGUUCCACCUGAUCUCCUUUUCCUUUUCGGCUCCUUAGAUCUGAUUCCUCAGAAUUGCUCGCCUGCUUUACAGAAUUCAAAUUCUCCUACAAUUCAGACAAAUCCAGUCCAAGUCUCUUCAAAUCCCGUCUCUCCUCAACCUUGUGAUACAUCAGCCCCAUGGAAUUCUCUUUUUAAGCCGGCUUCACAUAACCUCUAUAAGAUGGCCUCGCCCUCUUUCGAUGAGGACGGUACUCCGACAGUAGAAGCCCCAGAAUCUAUUACUUUUGGUACAUCUCGAAUGUGGAAGAAUUACUUGAUAGCAUACUUUCAUGGAACUCCGCCUUCCCCACCUAAGAUCUUCUCAUAUUUAAACCCAAUUUGGGGAGGUAAGGGUCGAAUUACGGUGAAGAAGCAUUCAGAUAGAAUCUGUCUUAUUCUUAUUCCCUGUGAGGAAACCCGGAAAUGGGCUUUGGACAUUGGGUUUUGGCACUCAGGGAACUGUUCGUUCACUCUGGCACCUUGGACUGCAUCUUCAGUGCUUAAGCCGAUAAAACUAGUUCACGCUCCAACUUGGGUCCUAUUCAAGAACAUCCCCCCAGAGUUGUGGUCGAUAGUGGGGUUCAGUACUAUAGCUUCCGGUGUUGGUUUUCCUGUUCAGUCGGAGUUUCCUAAGUUAACUCCAUAUUCUAAUGGAAUUACUAAACUGAAGGUGGUCAUUGAUCUCUACAAGCAACACCCGCCUUUGGUUAGAGUUAAGGAUAGAUUGGGAAAUUCAGCCUUGAUUGAGGCUUUUUACCCCAAGCUGCCACCGAAGUGUAACUUGUGUAAUGAGUUUGGCCAUUUGAAGUUUCGUUGUCCGGAGUCGAAGGCUAAACGGUCCAGUGUUGACUCCUUUGGGCUUCGCCCCAAUCUUCCAGAGAGGCAGCCUUUGGCAUCUCCUCCGGUUCCCUCCCCAAUUCACGUGCCGGAAAGUAACAGUCGACUUGACCCUCAGCGUAAGUCCUCAAGCCUGCCUUCAUCUCCAGUCCACUCUAAGAGGGCCUCAAAUUCUCCCUGCUCUGAUCAUGUUUUUGUGGAAGAGGAAGAAAUGAUUAAGGCAGGGAAGGCAGUGCUGAGAGCUCGCUUGCCUCAUCCAGAGCCGGACGAUCCUCCUAUUCAAGAAGUGGUGUCAAAGAAGACUGCUAGAAAACUUAAGCGCCAGGCGCUGUUAUCACAUUCUGAGGCAUGCUCCCAGGAAAGUUCUAAAGCUCAGGAGCAUUUAUCCCACCCUCAAUUGGUUUUUGGUUCUUUGAAGCAGGUCCUGCAAGGCCCUGUUUCUCCUCCCUCCGAAUAA